AUGUACAUAAAAAGAGAAACUUCCUCUUUUGAAAGACAUAUACGCUUCCUUGGAGAAAAUCUGAGAGGAGGAACUUUCGGCGCAGGGACUUGGAAAUUCAAUCAAAGGACAAAGGAACCGGUUAACAUUAUUAGAGGAAUGAUGGAUGAGGAUGAUGCUGUGAACGGAAUUAGAGCGAUGCUGGAGGGGGCAAAAGCACCGGUAACCGACGAGUGUUGCAUCUACCAAGUACCCAUUGAUAUCCGCAAGCUCAACGAAGAUGCCUACACCCCAAAGGUUGUUUCUAUUGGCCCUUUUCACCACAAUCGCCCUCGCCUCCAAAACAUGGAAAGAUACAAGCUCAUUUAUUGCAAGGCUUUUCUUGAACGAAGCCACACAAGUUUGGUCAGCUGGAUCCGCUACAUAGAAGGGGUGGAGCCCAAAGUUCGUUGCUGUUAUUCAGAAGCCCUUGAGUUCACCAAGGAGGAACUGGUGAGGAUCAUCUUUUUGGAUUGUGGUUUUAUAUUUGAGCUUUUUUGGCGUACCUAUUAUGAUGAAUGGUCAGGGAAGAAUGACACCUUUCUCUUGAAACCUUGGUUGACUACUAGUAUAAGAAUAGAUCUGUUGUUACUUGAGAACCAACUUCCCUUUUUUGUUCUUGAAAACCUCUUCAAUCUCUCCUACGCCUCUGGGCCUGACGCUGCUGCUAACAAGAAGAUCCCUUCUUUUCUUGACUUUACUUUUGACUAUUUUAUCUACUACAAUAAAUCCAACUUGAAAUCUCAAAAUAUUAGCAUUAAGCACUUCACGGAUCUCAUAAGAAUAUUUCACUUGCCAUACCCUUUGCAUAUGCGAAGGGAGAGUGAUGAAUCAACAAUGCAUCUUCCCAGUGCUACUGAGUUGUCAGAGGCAGGUGUGAAGUUUAAGGUAAACGCCCAAAGUAACUCCUUACUAGACUUGAGAUUUUCAGGACGGGUUCUUGAAAUCCCGCAGUUGAAAGUGGAAGAUUGGACUGAAUGUUUGUUUCGCAAUAUGGUGGCUUUGGAGCAGUGUCACUAUCCUGCACAGUCCUAUUUUACAGAUUAUGUUGCUAUAUUGGACUUCCUUGUAAACACCAGCAGAGAUGUGGAUUUACUUGUUCGAAAGAGAGUGCUGGUGAACUGGUUGGGGGAUAGUGGUUCUGUCGCUCAUAUGUUUAAUGGUCUUUGGAAAAACAUCACGCAUGUAAAUUUUAGUUCCCAUUAUUUUUAUAUCUGCAAUGACUUGAAUGCUUUUUGUAGAAACCCUUUGCAUAAAUUGAACUCCACUCUGAGGCGGGAUUAUUUUAACACUCCUUGGCAAACUGCCGUUUCCAUUGCUGGAAUUGUGCUCCUUAUUCUCUCUCUGGUUCAAACAGUUUGUUCUAUCAUGCAAGUAAUGCCGCAGUCAUAG